AUGGACCCCACUGACCACCCCAUGGAGCCCCAGGACCCCCGGGACCACCUGAGCACCCUGACCACCCCAUGGACCCCAAUGACCACCCCUGGGAGCCCCUUGACCACCCCGCGGACCCCCCCCGACCACCCCAUGGAGCCCCAGGACCACCCCAUGGACCCCACUGACCACCCCGUGGAGCCCUGGGACCCCCCUGAGCCCCUUGACCACCCCAUGGACUCCACUGACCACCCCAUGGAGCCCCAGGACCACCCCGUGGACCCCACUGACCACCCUGUGGAGCCCCAGGACCACCCCACUGAGCCCCUUGACCAACCAGUGGAGCCCCUUGACCAUCCCAUGGAGCCCCCUGACCACCCCGUGGAGCUCCUGGAGCCCCCUGACCACCCCGUGGAGCCCCAGGACCACCCUGAGCCCCACUGACCCCAUGGACCCCUCCUUGACCACCCCAGGGACCCCACUGACCCCAUGGACCCCUCCUUGACCCCUCUCGACCCCUGGGACCACCUCGACCCUCCGAUGUCCCCCCGUGACCCCUCCUUGACCCCUGGGACCCCCCAAUGUCCCCCCCCUUCCCCUCCCCCCACCCCUAAAGGGGCGGGGCAAUAAACGGCUUUGAUUGACA